GCCAAGUGGAAUGGCUGCACAAGAGUCUUUCGGCUGGGUACUGCUUCCCCCUGCUGCUCACCGCACUCCCUUGCUCACUCACAUGUAACUCUAGUUUGGCCUGGGGUCAAUGGGGAUAGGCAUGGCCUUGAAUCUUCAGAAGCAUCUUGCAUCGAAGGGUCUGCCACCUCUUCGUUACAGCAAUCGGACACUCUCUCGAGGGGAGACUCUUCGAGAAGCUGGAGGUCUUCCUGAACGAGAUUUCGAGACUUUGCUCCUGAAGUCAUCCGUAAUCUUCACAAUGAUCUCAAAUAAUGAGGUUCUGGACAGCCUUGUAUCGAAAUUUCUCGACACUUGGAACAGCGCCUUACUCGAAGGCAAGAUCUGGGUUGAUACAUCAACCGUCCAUCCAGAUACGGCGGCAAAGUGCUCCGAACGCCUUGCUAAAGUAGGCGCCACGUUUGUUGCGUCCCCUGUCUUCGGGGCUAGUCCUAUGGCGGCCGCUGGUCAACUCAUCUUUGCCAUGGCCGGCCCCUCCGCUGCUAUUGAAAAGCUGAGGCCCUUCGUAGUCAAUGUUAUGGGCAAGAUCAUAAUAGAUAUGGGAGAAGACGUCCGCAAAUCAAGCUUGCUCAAGAUAUCAGGAAACAUCUUUGUCAUUGGCUUCCAGGAGCUGACCGCCGAGGCGCAAGUCUUUGCCGAGAAAACCGGGCUCGGUACCCGCCAGAUGGAGCAGUUCAUCAGGGACAUAUACGGUCCCGUUAUCGAGAGCUACUCGAAGCGGAUGACAACGGGCGCAUACGCGCCACCCCUGGGAACGCCCCCCGGCUUCGCGGUGUCCCUGGCGGCCAAGGAUGCCGGACACGCGGUGAGGAUCGCCGAGGAGCAUGGGGAAUCAUUGGAUAGUUCGUCAAUCUACGGUGCAGCUCGGCUCGAAGCUUCAUUGCCUUUUUGGAACGAGAAUAGUAGACAGUCUAACUAG